UGCUGCUGGAAAGUUUGUAUCACUCUUUGCGUUUUACCGAGGAUAUCGCUCGCUAAUGUCACAUCCCGCGGUGGACGGACUGUUUGGGGAAUUUUGCUGGUGACAUUGAGAGGGAGCGGAGCGGACAUGGCGGUUGCAGUCGCUCAUCAUCACCGAGCUGCCGUGCCGUGGGUCUGGGGUCAGUUUUUACUGAAGCUAAAUGGAGUUGUUUCAGCCGUUGGACACUGCGUACUGGCCUAACCACCACCAGUAACUCCUCAGCAGAGAGACAUGGUGCUCCCACUUUAACAAGGACAUUUCUGAAAACUGGACAGGAUUUAACGGUCACCACCAUCACCAUGUCUGACCAAAACUACUACUGGACCGUGUUGCCGAGCUACAAAACUAGUUUUGUGCCUGGGGCCAUGAUGAAAAGAUCAAAAAGUUCCCGUAACAACAAGAGAAGGAGUUUGGCGGUCGGGACCCCGUCGCCCACGCUCUCACGACCUCUUUCGCCUCUCCCACUUGCCACAGCUGGCAGUAGCCCUUCAGAAAGCCCCAGAAAUGUCUCUGCCAGCACUUCUGCCAACUUCCAGUUUGCCCGCAGCCAACUGGCCCGCACUGAAAGAGCGGAUGGGCGAAGGUGGUCUGUGGCAUCAGUUCCCUCAUCUGGAUACUGCACUAAUGCACCCAGUUCAUCAGUAUCUUCCUCGUCUUCCCAGGAGUUAUUGCACCAGUUGCCCUUCCAGCCCACACAAGAUGAUCUCCACUUCCUGUUCAAGCAUUUCCGGAGCACGGAGAGUGUUGCGGACGAAGAAGGAGCUCACGCUUCGCCUCCUGUCAGGCUCCGCUCACGCAGUCUCAGCCCUGGACGGACCUGUGGAACAUUUGACAAUGAAAUUGUCAUGAUGAAUCAUGUCUACAAAGAACGCUUUCCCAAGGCGACAGCCCAGAUGGAGGGUCGGCUGCUCGACAUCAUUGCAGAGUGCUCCCCAGGCACUGCUCUGCCCCUGGCUGACGGUGUGCUGGGAUUCAUUCAGCACCAGCUGGUGGAGCUCGUCAGAGACUGUCUGGACAAGUCCCAGAAAGGCCUGGUCACCUCCAGGUACUUCGUGGAGCUGCAGGAGAAACUGGAGAAGCUGCUGCAUGAGGCAUACGAGCGUUCAGAGAGCGAGGAGGUGACCGUCAUCACUAAGCUGGUCAAGAAGAUUCUCAUCAUCAUCUCCAGGCCUGCAAGGCUCCUGGAGUGUCUGGAGUUCGAUCCAGAGGAGUUUUAUCAACGUUUGGAGGCUGCAGAGGGUCAAGCCAAGGUGGGCCAGGGCAUCAAGACUGAUAUUCCCAGAUACAUCAUCAGCCAGCUUGGCCUCACCAGGGAUCCCUUGGAAGAGAUGGUCCAUCUGGAGCAGACAAGUCCGAGUCACAGAGCAGCCAGCAGAGAGGCCGAUGACACGGGAGAGGCAACACCCAUACAGAGCCGAGCAGCCUGCACCCCUCCUCGCAGGAAACCGCUGGAGAGUGACUUUGAGACUAUCAAGCUCAUUAGUAAUGGCGCCUAUGGGGCUGUGUUUCUGGUGCGCCACAAGGAGACACGCCAGCGUUUUGCCAUGAAGAAGAUUAACCGGCAGAACCUGAUGCUUAGGAACCAAAUCCAGCAGGUGUUUGUGGAGCGAGACAUCCUCACCUUCGCUGAAAACCCAUUUGUGGUUUCUAUGUUCUGCUCUUUUGAGACACGGAGGCACCUCUGCAUGGUCAUGGAGUAUGUGGAAGGUGGGGAUUGUGCCAACCUAUUGAAGAACAUUGGUCCUUUGCCUGUGGACAUGGCUCGGAUGUAUUUUGCAGAGACUGUUCUGGCUUUGGAAUACCUUCACAACUACGGCAUCGUCCACAGAGACCUCAAACCUGACAAUUUGUUAAUCACCUCCUUGGGACACAUUAAGCUGACAGACUUUGGGCUGUCAAAGAUUGGUCUAAUGAACAUGACCACCAACUUGUAUGAGGGGCAUAUCGAAAAGGAUACCAGAGAGUUCAUCGACAAACAGGUGUGUGGUACUCCAGAGUACAUUGCUCCGGAGGUGAUCCUGAGGCAGGGCUAUGGGAAGCCAGUUGACUGGUGGGCUAUGGGCAUCAUCCUUUAUGAGUUCUUAGUGGGCUGUGUGCCUUUCUUCGGAGACACACCAGAACAGCUCUUUGGUCAGGUGGUCAAUGAUGACAUCAUCUGGCCAGACGGGGAGGAUGCUCUGCCAGCUGAUGCCCAGGACCUUAUUACCAGACUGUUGAGACAGAGCCCUCUUGAGCGUCUAGGAACAGGUGGAACCACAGAGGUGAAGGUACACAUGUUCUUCCUGGGUCUGGACUGGAAUGGCCUCCUGAGACAGAAAGCUGAAUUUAUACCUCAACUUGAGACUGAGGAGGACACCAGCUACUUUGACACCCGAUCAGAGCGCUACUGUCACCUGGACUCAGAUGAUGAUGAUGAAACCAAUGAUGAUGAGUCAUCUCUAGAGCUCAGACAGUUCUCCUCUGUGGCUCACCGCUUCAGCAAGGUGUACAGCAGCACAGAGCACCUCUCCACCUCCACACCGUCCAACCAGAGCCUUUCAUCAUCGGAGCGCAGCCACAGUGAGGAGAAGGAGGACCGAUGGGAUGGCAGGGGAGUCCUCUCCCCUGGCGAUGGACACAAACACUUGGCUGGUGGGGACAGGAGGGCAGAUGGACACAGGGGGAGUCUGCGUCCUCGUGCUUCAUCCAGCUCCUCCCAGUCAGAGCGCAGUGCCAGCCCGCUGGUGAUGAACAGCACCCAGAGCCUCGACAUCAUGCCUCGCUUCGCCAUCGCUGCCGAUGAAGAAGGUAAGACUGACAAACGCACAUCACUGUACUCCAGUCACUGUUAUUAUCUAUUAAGAAACACUGACACACUGUGCCUCCUGAUUCUAGACGGGAUGGUUUCCAACCUACGGCGCAUUCGGCUCCGGAGCAACAGCACUGGCACCAGGCCAUCCUUCCGAAGGGGUGCGUCACGGCGCAUCGCUCACCAGCUGGAGACUCCGGAAAAACCCAGAUCCUCACCUGGAAAGGUCCCUAAAUCUGCGUCUGUCUCUGGCCUGUCCCUCAUCAUCACCCCAGAUGAUUCAGCAGGUCCUCCUACGAGCCCCAAAUCGUCCUUGUCCCUAUCGUCCAACCCCUCAUCCAGAGACUCAUCCCCCAGCAGGGACCUCUCUGUUAGCAUCAGCUGCCUCAGGCCUCCUGUGGUCAUCCACAGCUCUGGGAAGAGGUUUGGCUUUGCGUUACGAGCUAUCAGAGUCUACAUGGGAGACAGCGACGUCUACACUGUUCACCACAUGGUCUGGUGUGUUGAGGAUGGCAGUCCAGCACAUGAGGCAGGAUUGAGGGCUGGUGACCUCAUCACUCACGUCAACGGGGAGUCAGUCCAGGGACUUGUCCACACUGAGGUGGUGGAGCUGCUGCUUAAGAGUGGUAACAGGGUGACCCUGCAGACUACUGCUCUGGAGAACACUUCUAUCAAGGUGGGGCCUGCCAGGAAAGCAAGCUACAAGGCCAAGAUGGCCCGACGCAGCAAGAAGAGCAAGAGGAAGGACGGACAGGACAGCCGACGACGUAGCAUCUUGAAGAAGCUCACUAAGCACACGCCUCCUCCGCCCAUGCAGAGCAGUCGUAGCUUCUCUUCAGGUUUCCACCAGUCAUCUAGCGACAGCCUGUCCGGCUCCCCCACACAGAGUCUCUCUCCCGGGCCAUCUACGCCUUGUCGCUCUCCUGCUCCUGAUCACUCUGGAGAUUCAAGUUCCUCUCCCUGCUCCAGCUCCCCUAACUCGCCUGUACCGCAGGCUCGUCCCAGUUCCCUACAUGUCUUGGGCCGCUACACCAAAGCUGGUCGCUGCAAAUCCACCAGCAGCAUCCCUCCUUCUCCGCUGGCCUGCAUCCCACCUCCUCAGCCCCUCUCCCCCCAGUGCUCUCCAUCCUGCCUCCCGAGUCACCCCAAGUCCCUGCAGGGUUUCCAUGGCAAGACAUUGUCUCCUCCAACUAUCACCCGCCACUCUGUGCGUCCCCGCAGUGCAGAACCGCCACGCUCGCCGCUCCUCAAGAGGGUCCAGUCUGCAGAGAAGCUGACAGGAGACAAGACGACAGGAGGGUACCAUGGAGACAGGAAGGCCUACAGCACCCGCCGCCACACCAUGGAAGUGCCUCUAUCUGAGGGGGAGGGGCUGGAAGACAUGGAGGGGGACACCGCCACCGGCUUCGUCUGUGUCGGCGAGCACGGCCGUCAGGGUCUCUACAUAGGAGGGCAGAGAGGCCACCAGGACGCAGCCAGUGGAGGCAGCGAGCACUUCCGCGCUACCGCCUCGCCACAACAUCGCGGUGGCAACCACCACUCCAAAGAGGUGGUGGUGAUGAGGAAGCUGGCGCUGUCGGAGCGAAGGGACUCCUUCAAGAAACAGGAGGCCGUGCAGGAAGUGAGUUUCGAUGAUUUGGAGGAGAGGGAGGCAACGCCAAGCCCGACGCCUCCUGUCACGCAGCCCAAGGCAUUCAAGGCGUCCUGGAUCAACUCGGCCCAGUCAGAAUCCGCCGUGAAGCUGGAAGUAAGAGGAUCACAGGGUACAACAACACCGCAGAAAGCCAAGUCAAAAGACAAAGAAGGGUUUUAGUUUUGUGACUUUUCUAGGGACAACAGGUCGACAGAGAGUCUCACUCAGGAGGAGACUAAGAGGUGAAGUCACCGACCUGCUACUGUACUUAACAUUUGAAGGCCUUGCAUGUGUGUCCAGAAAACUGUGACCAAGUCCCCAAAUCAUCACGAGCAACAGCUUGAAGAAGGAAGAACAAAUUAACAUCGAUGUUUCUCAGUAAUAUAUGCAUCCUGCUACACUGUUAACAGAAUAAUGACUGCCAAACUAUGUUUACUUCCUAGUUGCUUGUUUUCUCUCUUGGUUCUCAAAUCACUGUGGCGCCUGUAACUGAUGUACUUUGUAAAUACUUUUGGUUUUAAAUGAAGAAACUUAUUUAUGACUUUUUAUGCUCAUCUUGUCGUUGUGGUUGCUGAAAAUGCCUUGGAUGCUUCGGCUGUUAAUAGUUGAGGAAUUGCACAAAACAAAAGCCACGCAGCAACUUCUCAGUGUGGUUUUAAAGCAGGUGCAGAAAAGGGCAUCAGUUGAUAUUGUACCUUUUUUUUUUAUACCUCAAUGCCUGUGUAGAACUGGGUGUUGUUCCGUGUUCAGAUUGGAUCUUUGAAAUGAACUUACAGUGUUUGUCCUGCAACAUAUAAUGUAUUAUAAAAUUUCAGAAGAUAUUCUGUGCUGCCUCUCUAUUAUACAUCUUCUGGUGGUGACUAUUUAGGACUCAUCGAUCCCUAACACAGGCCUUGUGUAAACAUGUUAAAGGACAAAAAUCUCCAUACUCUGAAGCCUAGCUGUGGUGCCAAAGGAACCAUUUAAAAAGAGGUACUGUAGUUGUACAUAAGAAGCUUCAUGCAUGCAUGAGCUCUACUUCCACUUCCUGUCUGUCAUGUUAAAAAAAGUGUCCCUCCUCUGACCUUAUCAACAUGCAAGUGUGUAGAUAAAGUUUUGUGACUACCUUCAGAAACCAGGCUGUCGUCGCUGUCCUCGAAUUAAUACCUUGUUGAAUCAAACCGCCUCCGUCCAGCUCCUUACAACCCUAGUAUAGCUCAAGUGUUUGCACAAGUUGUAGUAGCCGUAAAACAGUUAGAGCACAUUUCUAUUUCAGGACGAUUUCCUUCUUCGUGGGAUUCAAAAAUUGUACAGUAGAUGCAACAAGCAAAACUGGCUCCCUUGGCUGUUGUUUUUUUUCUUCUUUUUUUUAUGCGUGUUAUGAAUGAAUGUUUACAUUUUAGUGGAAAUAUGUGUUUUUUUGUUAAAUUAUUAUGAAAAAAAUGAAUGACAGGGAAUUGAACCAGAGGCCCUGAGUGGAUGAAGAAAUGAGCAGAGGUGAUCGUCUUUUGUAUAUUUUGAUAUGGAAACAGUCUUGUUGCAGUACUAAUAAUCUAUGCUGUCAAUGUAUAUUGUAUAAACAAUGGUGGACCUUAUAACAGCUGUCGAUGGUGUCUUUUUGAAAGUGACCUUGUAAGGAUAGAUGGACUUGGAUACAUUGUGUAAUGUCACAUACAGUACAUGUGGCAGGGUCUUAAUCUCAUGUCAGCCUCAAAGGAUUGUGCAUGCUUCACAUCCCAUUAUAUUAUUCCCACAAUUUUUACAACAUAUUUCCAUUUUAUUUGAACUCUUUGGUAUGAUAAAUCUCAUCCAAAAGGGGCUUGACCUCUUUAAUUUGAUGUUCAGUCACAUAUUUGAGCUUUAAAAGGAGAAUUUUGUGAAAAGAUGUAAACAUAUGGGAUUUCCAGCCCUUUAUUUUCUCAUUUUGUUACUAUUUUGAAGCUAUUUUUAUUAUUUUCAUUUAGGAACUGUUUUGAUCAGCAGUCAAAAAUGCUUCCGGUCUUAUUUCAGAUUAAUUUGUUACACAGGAGAAACUUUUGUCCUGUGUUUUUAUGAAGGAGCACAUUUAUAUUUUGCUAUCAAGGUAACUGUUAAUGUGGGAAUUUAUAAUGGACGUUUAGCACACAUUAAACCUUGAAUGGUGGUUGUAGAUUAAAUUAGAAGUUUGCUCGUUGUACCUUGAGGGGAAAAAAACUGUGUCUGUGUAGAAUUUAUCACCGAAUUUCUGAUGCAAUAUAUAUCUUGGUAUGUUCUCAAGAUUUUAUCUUUUUAUUUUGUGCCCCAACAAAACCGUCAUAGUCUCUCUUGACCUUCCGUUGUAUCAUCAUGUUUUACUUUUUUAAAUCAAGAUUUCACCAGUAGUUCAUACCAGCGGUUCAGCAUCGCAAAUCAAAAUGAAACUCCAUGACGACGACUCCUCUCAUCUCUAUUUUGUGUGUGAUAAACUCCAUGUCUUCACAUGGCUGCUCAACUUAACUUGUCCAUCAUUUCCACACUUGUUUUAGUGUGUUUGUGUGUUGAAAGUUGUUGCUCCUGAAUCAACCCCUCGUCCACAAAUGACAAACUGGCUUUUGUGAAAUUCCUACCAUGUGGGUAUCUGAUGCAUACUGGUGUGUGAUAUGUUUUUUAUUGUCUUAACAGUGCUUGAAAUAAAUGAAUUGCAAAGGGACUACAAAGUCCAGGACUACA